AUGAGGAYGUGCGUGGCGGCUUGGGGGCCUGCUGCCCUUCUGCUCCUUGGGCUCAUGCUUGAAGUCAGGGCUGCACUGAACUGUGUCGGAAACACCUAUCCCAAUGGCCAAAGGUGCUGUCAAGAGUGCCAGCCAGGUAGUGGGAUGGUGAGCCGCUGUGAGGGACCCAGGGAUACCGUGUGCCUCCCCUGCGACCCGGACUCCUACAAUGAGGCAGUCAACUACGAGGCCUGCAAGCCCUGUACCCAGUGCAACCAGAGAAGUGGGAGUGAGCUCAAGAAGAAAUGCACACCCACGCAGGACACUGUCUGCCGCUGUAGGCCAGGCACUCAGCCCCUGGAUGGCUUUAAGCCUGGAGUCGACUGUGCCCCCUGCCCUCCUGGCCACUUCUCACCAGGCGACAACAAGGCCUGCAAGCCCUGGACCAACUGCACCUUGACUGGGAGGCGCACCCUAAAACCGGGCAGCAGGAGCUCAGACACCCUCUGCGAGAACAGGACCUCCCCAGGCACACUACCCUGGGAGACCCAGGGCCCCACAGCCAGGCCCACCACUGCUCUGCCCACUGCAGCCCUGCCUGGAACUUCUCUAGGGCCCUCCACGCCCCCGUCAGAGGCCCCCAGGGGCCUCCCGCUGGCUGCUGUCCUGGGCCUGGGCUUGAGCCUCCUGGCGCCCCUGGCUGUCCUGCUGGCCCUGCACCUGCAUGGAAGGGCCUGGAGGUCAUCCGGGGGAAACAGCUUCCGGACCCCCAUUCAAGAGGAACAGCCCGACGCACACUCCACCCUGGCCAAGAUUUGA